AUGAUACCAGUCAAUACACUUCCUGGAUCUUCAACACCAGAAUCUUUGAGAGACUCUAAAAGCCAGAAUAUUCAAGUCAUCGACGUGCGUAUUCGAAAUGUGGCGGUGGAAGUCGAUUCAACCGCUGGCUCUCCAUUCUCUUCGCUAGAUGCGUUCAAGCUGAAGAUCCUGCGCAGUAAGGUCAAACCGGCGGUCAAGGAUAUUCUGAAAAAUGUCUCGGCGGAUUUUCCAAACAGCAGUCUCACGGCAAUCGUUGGAGCCAGUGGUAGUGGAAAGACCACUCUGCUCAACAUUAUCGCUCAUCGCAUCAAGGAUCAAAAAUUUCGGCAAGCAGGUAGCGUCACCUAUGAAGCAGUCACGGACACCACAUCGGAGGCAGCAGCUGCAAAGAUCGGCAUGGCCUAUGUCCUUCAGCAAGACAUCCUACUGCCGACUCUGACUGUUCGCGAGACUUUGCAGUAUGCCGCAGAUUUGCGGCUGUCAACAACCAAGACAAAGGCGGAACGACGGGCCAUGGUCGAGACGGUCAUCAAUGAGCUCGGUCUGGAAAAGUGUGCGAACACUAGGAUAGGCAAUGACGCCCAUAAAGGCUGUUCAGGCGGCGAGAAAAGAAGGACCAGCAUUGGGGUGCAACUGCUUGCCGAUCAGCCAGUCCUCAUUCUUGACGAGCCCACAACUGGGCUUGAUGCUGCAUCAGCGAUCCAAGUGGUGCAGACAUUGCGGCUGCUUGCUCGGAGAGGGAAGACAGUAAUUAUGACGAUCCAUCAGCCACGAUCAGAGAUCUGGAGGUUGGUUGAUAACCUCGUCUUGCUAUCACGAGGUUCUCCAGUCUAUGCAGGCGCCGUCAAUGAAUGCCUUCCGUACUUUGAGCAACUUGGUCACAGCAUGCCUGCCUUCUCCAACCCCUUCGAUUUUGUCAUUGAUCUUGCCGCUGUGGACGUCCGAUCCCACGAGCUCGAGAGAGUCUCGUUGCUACGUGUUCGGCAGCUACAGGAAGCGUGGAGAAGCAAUACAUCCAGCCUGGCUCAGGACGACUCCGAAAAGACCCCUAGCAAAUGUUUCGAAAGAAACCAGCUUGCAGGCUCCGACAACUCACUCAAUGCACUCGUCCUUGAAACAGGUGUGCAUUUGAGAAGGACUUUCGUUGUGACCUGCCGUGAUCGGCUAGGGUUACUUGCUAGUCUGAUCGAAGCUGUCACAAUGGGCAUCAUGACCGGGUGGAUAUUCUACCAGCUCCCCACCGAUCUGGCCGGCAUUCGAUCCAGAGAAGGUGCCAUGUACUCGGCAUGCGCUUUACAGGGUUACCUCAUCCUUCUCUUUGAGACCUACCGAUUGACCAUCGAUAUUCAAGUCUACGAUCGAGAGCGUAUCGAGGGUGUCGUGAAACCACUGUCAUUCGUUUUCAGCAGAAGAUUCGCACGCUUAUUGCUUGAGGAUCUUCCUGUCCCAUUCAUCUACUCGGUUAUAUUCUAUUUCAUGGCAGGGUUUCGAGCUGAUGCCAGACAAUAUUUCACGUUCUUUGCCAUCCAAUUACUCUUGCAAUUAAUCACAGUUAAUCUGGCCACAAUCUGUGUCGCCCUCAACCGACAGUUCAUGGUUGCAUCGUUGAUUGCGAAUCUCAUUUUCACGCUCCAAUCCGCGGCAUGCGGCUUCUUUAUUAACACAAAAUCAAUCCCGAUCUGGCUGCGAUGGAUGAAAUGGGUCGCAUUCGUCUUCUAUUCAUUUGGAGCAUACUGCACCAACGAAUUUGCAGGUCAUUUUUACGGUUGUCCGAGUCCAGGCGGGCCGUCGGAUCCAGCUUGCAAGGAGUAUACCGGUGCAUACAUCCUGGCAUCCCUGAACAUACCCAACAACUGGCUCUGGAGACCGAUUAUUGUCAUGGUUGCCUUCGUCUUGGUCUUCUUCGUUCUUUCUGCUGUGACUCUUCACGUUCUUACGACAGAGGUGGAAAUGGCGAAAACACACGCCAGCGAAAUCUCAUACUCCGAGGAGGAUAUCAGGACAACCUCAUCCGGAGACAGCACCAGAACAAUCACUGUCGCCCUCGACCAGUUCGGCUUAGCUGUUGAGACCAAGCGCCCGUUUAAAAGCACGCUGACAAAGCCCAUAUUUCAGGACAUCAGCACCACAUUCGAGCCCGGCGUCUUGAAUGUGAUCAUGGGCCCUUCAGGGUCCGGGAAAUCAUCAUGCCUCAACGCUAUGGCAAGACGAUUGUACGGAUCGCCAAUGACAGCCUAUCGGUCCUCAGGCAGGAUGCUCCUCAAUGGUGCAAUGGCGGCGGACAAUGUUGUGGCAUCCAUAUGCUCAUACGUACCACAGGACGACACAGGCCUGCUGCCAUCGUUAACGGUUCGAGAAACACUACAUUUCGCCGCUCGCUUGCGACUCCCGACAUUCCUCACCAACGAACAAAAAGUGCAGCGAGCAGAGACGGUACUGCGACAGCUUGGCUUGAAAGAAUGCGCUGACACACUGGUUGGGAACGACCUGGUGAAAGGCAUCAGUGGUGGCGAGAAACGUCGCGUUUCCAUCGGGAUCCAAAUCCUGACUGAUCCGCGAGUACUGCUUCUGGACGAACCCACCUCCGGACUCGAUGCAUUCACAGCCUUUUCGAUCAUCGAAGUGCUCAAGGGCCUUGCGGACGAGGGAAGAACAAUCAUUUUCUCCAUCCAUCAACCACGUUCCGACAUGUUCAAGCAAUUCGGUGGCGUGCUCCUGCUGGCUAAGGGCGGGGAUGUCGUCUACUCAGGCAAAGUCGACAAUAUGCUCCCUCAUUUCGAGCGUUUGGGAUAUGCAUGUCCCGAAUCCGCAAACCCAGCCGACUUUGCGCUUGAUAUAGUAUCCGUCGAGAUGCCGAAGUCGCUACAACAACAGAGCAGUCCCGAAAUUUCAGAUUCUCCGACAGACAAAAACAUCCCUACCGGCGUCGUCCCACCGACACUUCACGAGGUUGAGUUGACUUUCCCAGCAAUACUUGGCGUGUACACACGGACGAGACUCCCCUUCCGCCGCGCCUUCCCUAUUCUCGUGCAGCGCGGCAUCAUCAAUCUGCGACGCCAACCGGAACUCGCGUCGGGCCGGAUAAGCCAGCUUGUAGGUUUGGGCAUCGUGCUCACCGCAUUCUUCACCCCACUCCGGUACGAGUAUUACUCGGUCCAGACUCGCGCAGGAUACAUCCAGUACAUGUCGAGUAUGUUCUUCGUGGGCAUGCUCAACGCGAUCGCAAUGUACCCGAGCGAACGCGACAUUUAUUACCACGAAGACCGCGACGGAACGUACCCUCUCGAAGCGUUUUACUUGUACUACUCGGCGCUCGAAGUUCCCAUGGAAUUGAUCGCGAGUCUACUGUACGCCGUGCUGACAGUCUUCGCGGUGGGUUUGCCGCGCACAGCGGCACAGUUCUUUUUAAUGGCGUACACGGCGUUCUGCCUCGUUUCGUGCGGCGAGAGUUUUGGCAUUUUAUUUCUCACCAUGUUCUCGCACACAGGGCUCGCUGUGUCGGUCAUGUCGGUUGUACUCUCGAUCUCGGUGCAUUUGGGAGGUGUGCUGAGUAUUGGGAUUGAUGGGUUUUUGCAGGGCGUCAAUCAUAUUUCGCCGGUUAAGUGGCAGGUUGGUGCGCUGAUGAGCUAUAGCUUCAGGGGCAUUGAGUUUACGUGCACUGUUGACCAGAGGUUGAGUGAUGGAUCGUGUCCGAUACAGAGUGGUGAGCAGGUGCUGGAUUUGUAUAAGUUGAAUGUGAAUACUGCGACUUGUGCGAUUGCGCUCGGUGGAGUGACGAUUGGGUAUAGGUUGCUUGGGUAUUUGGGGUUGAAAAUCCGGAAGACGGAUUGGAAGGGGCUGAUGAGGAGGGGGAAGAUUACGAAGUCAUGA